UUGAAGGUCAGGUGCGUUGAAAGCAUUGAAUAUUACAUUAAACGCCGUUUGAGUUAAUCAUUACUUUAAUAGUAUUAUAAUUAUAUAAACAAUUAAAAUAUAAAUCAAUGAAAUGUAUUGUCAUUUACAGUGAUUGUCAUCAAUGAGGACAUAGACAGUGAAGUCAAACACAAAAUAGAUGAGUAAGAAAACUGAUAAAUUGAUCGAUAGGUCGCACACUUGAAGUGUUAGAAAACAUUGCAAUCAUAUGUUUUGAAGUACUGACUGAUAAUUAUAACGACUAUUAAAUGAUGACAGAAGUGGAUCCAAACUCCAUCUUAAGUGUAGACAUCGUCUCAUUUGAUAAAAUAGCUCACAAACUAAUUAAAGAAGGAUUUUUGUUAACAGCACUUGAAUUUCAUGCGGAACUCCUCGAAAAUGGCAAAGAGUUGCCACGACUUCGCGAUUUUUUCUCAAAUCCGACAAAUUUUGAAAAACAAUCGGACGAAGAAUUGACAUUUGAUGUAUUGCACUGUCCAUUACCACGAACUUCAUCUGAGCAAACAUUUGAUUCGUUGGACUUCACUCGCAAUUCAGAUGAUGGCGAGCGACAAAUGGAUGAAAGAAUAGCUGUUCUCGAGUUUGAGUUACGGAAGGCUCGCGAAACAAUUAAGUCAUUGCGAGCCAGUCUUACAGUUUCUUCGUCCGCAAAGCAAUCAGACUCAUCACAAUCGGUGACUCAUUCAUCUCCAGAGACAACUAAAUCUGUUACGCCUUUUAUGUUUAAUUCAUGUCCUGUCACUUAUAUGAUAGACUCGACUGACUCGAGUGCCGGCAAACCAUAUGAGAUCAGAGUUUUAAAUUAUUUGGUUAAUGAAUAUCUAAUGAAACAUAAUUACAAAUUAACUUCAAUUACUUUUUGUGAUGAAAAUGAAGAGCAAGACUUUGAAAGUUGGGAUGACGUCGGUCUCAAUGUAACCAAACCUCCCGAUAUUUUACAGUUAUUUCGCAAUUAUUGGUCCCAAAGUUCAAUAAACUCAUCCGAAUUGACUACAAAUGAAUAG